AGAAGCUUGGAAAAGGAGUCUUGCAACAGUGCAUCCUGACAGCAGCAAACUGAUCCCUGCUUUUUUUCGACCUGCAGCUUUCCUGCCCUUCACGGUGCCCAUGGUAUUUUUGUCACUGAUGCCAGCAAAAGGGCUAAUGUCCAUGAUUUUACCUCAGGUUUCCCUCUAUACUUACACAACAGUGUUCAACAUUAUCAACGGAAAUGCAAGCUAUAACCGUCGUCCACAUGAGACUAUACUACUAGGGGCAGGAGCCGCUGCUUCUUCAACCUUCUUUGGAUUAAUCCCUCUUUUUGUCCAAAUGAAGUAUUCCCUAGAUAACCUUUGGAUCAAAAGAGCCUUACCUGUGGUCGUUCUUGCCCAAGUUAGUGGAAUGAAUGUUUUUGCAUCCCGAAGUUUUGAGCCUGUCCGCGGGAUCAAGGUCAUGGACAAGGAAGGCAAUGUUGUAGGCCAUUCCAGAAGAGCUGCACAAAAGGUAGGGGACACAAUGGAACUGGAGCUUUGGGGAAAGAAUUGGAUUUUCUGUUUGAGAGCUGGUGACAAAUUCAUGUCUACCUUUCUUUACCCUGUCUUCCCUCGUCAUGCGGAGAGAGAUUCUGGGCUGGGACAUUUUAUAGUCAGAAGUAUUCCUGAAGUCUUCACCUACUUUUUUAAAAGGACCCACUUUUUCCCACGAAAUCCACGGUUAUUAUGGACCGUAAAACUGACUAGUACUUUCCUGGUGAUGGGACUGAUGGUACCAGUUUCUUUCAGUUUGUUUCCACAAAUUGGACAGAUACAGUGCAGUAAGCUUGAAGAGGAAAUCCAGUCUUCAACAGAAGAAACACAACUCUUCUAUAACAGAGGGGUGUAGGGCGAGUUUUAGGUGAAUUUGUCUGGUUGCAGCUUGAAAACCUUCCUGUCUGUUUAAGGAACUCUGCCACAGGCCUGCUGGAGACCCCAGAGGUGCCUGUGCUGACAAGAUGACUUAAGAUGCCACUUGCUGAGACGCUUGCAGGCUGGUUGUGUCUGGGCUUUCAAGGCUGGCUGGAGGAAGAGCCACAAGACACCCCCUGGGGCUGCUGAGGGGACAGCAAUGAGAAUGAGCCUGUUAAAGGAGACUGUGAAAUUACUGAUAACCUUCUCGAGUUCAGUAUUUGAAGAAAUAAAGGCAGAGGGCCCACUGCGGCCCGGACACAGGCAGUAGAUUCGUAGCCCAGCUCAAGAUAAGCGUGAACUUCUGUGGAGCCCAGCAAAGCCUCUAACCCCAAAUCAGUCCUGUCCCCUACUUAGCUUAUUGCCAUCCCAGACAGCUACUUAAAAUCUUUGCCACCCUCCUGCCAGCUCUGCUUUCUCCACUGGCAAAUGACCCUGCUCCUCCACUGCGAAACGGAGGACAGCAAUGGAAACUCCCUGGCUCCUCCUGGCACCAAUUUGGCACCCCUCCUUCUGCCCACACCCAUCCUGUCCUCUGUGCAAGGUCAGCUGUCCCUCAGGCUCUGGGCCCACCCUCUCUGUUAUCCCAAGGCCUUGCUCUGUAGUCUCUGCCGUCCCCUCUGGCUCAGCGUCCCUCCCUGCUGGCUCCUUCCCAGUAGCAUUUAAACUGUUUCAGUCACCUGCUUCAUUAAAAAAGCACAAACUCUGUUCA